UUUUGACUUAUUCUUUGGUCUGUGUAUGUUUUUUCAAAAAUCAACCCUUAUGGUGGGUUGCGACUCAAAAGGCACCUCAAUUGGUGGGUCACGAAGCAAAAAGAUUUGGGAACCCCUGUAUAUACCGUCCCUUCCCCCUAGCCCUGACUAUACAGUACCUACCAGACACCCCCUCCCCCUCCCGCGAAACCCUGACGCCGAUCAAUUAAUGAGGCUCAGUUUUUAGCGGGCCGUUCGGGUUCCCAGCUGGAUAUGUCGCAACACGUGUGGAAUUCUCAGGGGGCGCACACCGGACCUCUGGAAUGCGGUGCGGCGGGACAGGGGCCGCAGUCGGACCGCUCGUCACCUCAGCCGCCGGCCGUGGCGUUUCCAAUAACGACACCCCAAAACAUACGCCUGAUACGCCUCAUCUGCCCGAUCCCACAGAGCUAGGCUCGAUGACAUGAUGUUCCUGCCCGUCUCCCCUCCCCCCUCCUUCUCCCUCCCUUUUCUCCUACUUCUCCUCACUUUCCUCCCUUCUUCCCUCCUUUCCCGUUCACUCUCUCACUCCCCUCUGAGCUGGACUUCUCCCCAUGACCCCUGCUACCACCUGGAUGGGCGUCCGCGACACUGCCUGUCGGAAUUCAUCAAUGCCGCCUACGGUGUCCCUGUCAGUGCCGCCCACUCCCUCCGAGGACCUCCUGACCAAAAUGCUGUUAAUGUCAGCUCCCUCACGGACCUCCACAACCCCUACAACCUGACCUGCUGGACAGCCCAGGUGGGAGGCCCCGAUAAUGGGGACUGGGUUCUCACCCUCCCCCUGGGCCGGCGCUUCGAGGUCACCUACAUCAGCCUGCAGUUCUGCCAGCAGGGGGAGCCGUCGGAUCCGGUCUCCAUCUCUGUGCUCAAAUCCAUGGACCACGGGCGCACCUGGAGGCCCAUGCAGCAUUACUCCAGCGACUGCCUCGGGAGGUUUGGGCUCCAGGCCCAGACGGUGGCCCAGACCAGACACCAGGAGACCGAGCCUCUAUGCUCAGAUCCCCGGCCUCUGCAGAGGCACCGGGGUGGCAUGGUGCUGGCCUUCUCCACCCUGGAUGGAAGGCCCUCCUCCCCAGACUUUGACUACAGCCCCACCCUGCAGGACUGGGUGACGGCCACGGACAUACGGGUGGUCUUCCACCAGAUGACCCAGUUCCAGCAGACCAAGUUGGGGAGUUCGGAGGAUAGGGGGGUGGGUGAGGGAUUGGGAGCAGGUAGUGGGGUUCUGAGGUGGAGAGUGGGGUCGAAGAAUGAAGCUGUGGUGGGUCAGGUGAAUGGGGACAACAACGCUUGGGGGUUUGUGGAGAAGGAUAUGAAAAAGACAGAAAAACAAGGGAGGAGCAGAGGAGAGAAAAUGGACAAAUCCGGGCGGAGGGGUCACAAUAAAGGGUCGGGGGGUCAGGGAGAGGACGGACACAAUGUGACCCGGAAGGAUUUAGAACGAGACACUCAGGAAAUGGACACCUCCAAGAGAGGGAACGGUAAAGGAAAAGGGCGUGGCCGCAAAAGGGAGGGGGGCCACCAUUGGAGUCCGUGCCAGGAAGGCGGCGUCUGUGAUUGGACAAUCGAGGGCCAGGGGCGGGACAAUAAGAGGCGGGAACUGAGGAGGAGGAGAAACAACAAUCGGAACUCCAAAGCGAGAGCGAAUCAGAAUCUCCAGCUAGCUCCUCCCUCCCCACUGAUCUCCGCCCCCCCUGUCAGGCCCCCCCUGGCCCUCUCGGACCUGCAGGUGGGUGGCAGGUGUAAGUGUAACGGGCAUGCCUCGCGGUGUCGUCAUGAUGACACGGGACGGGCGGUGUGUGUGUGUGAGCACCACACAGCGGGGGCAGACUGCGACGUAUGUGAGGACUUCUACUAUGACAGGCCCUGGCAACGAGCCACGCCCAGUCAGCCACACCCGUGCGUCCCAUGUGAGUGUAACGGCCACUCCUCUAAGUGUCGGUUCAGCAUGGAGGUGUUCCAACAGUCGGGCCGGCGCAGCGGGGGGGUGUGUCUGAAGUGUCGGCAUCAUACAGCAGGACGCCACUGCCAGUACUGUCAGAACGGAUACGCCCGCGACCACGGCAAGCUCCCCAACCACCACAAGGCCUGCCAAUUGUGUCAGUGUCACCCUAUGGGUGCUGUGGGUCGCUGGUGUAACCAGACAUCAGGACAGUGUUUGUGUCGGGAUGGGGUAACAGGACUGAAGUGCAACCGCUGCGCCCCUGGCUACAAACAGGGGCGCUCCCCCCUCCGGCCCUGCAUCCGAAUCCAGGAGGUGACAGCCCCCACCACACCUGUGUACCAGCCCCAGUACAGCAUAGAUGAAGAGUGUGUAUCGUAUUGCCAGCCAUCGCUGGUUAAAGUGAGGAUGAACCUGGAGACGUACUGUCUAAAGGACUUUGUCCUGAAGCUACAGGUCAGAGGGAUGGAGCGUUCAGGCCCCUGGUGGCAGUUCUCCGUCUGGAUCCAGACCGUGUUCCGUACGGGGUCUUCCUCCCGUGUUCGCAGGGGCCCUCAGGCACUCUGGGUUCCCGACCGUGACCUGGGCUGCGGCUGCCCCGCCCUCCAGGUGGGCCGCACCUUCCUGCUGAUCGGGGCCGAGGGGCGGGGGCGGAACUGGGGCCCAGAGGAGAGACGGCUGGUCGCCGAUAGAUCCACACUGGCUCUCCAGUGGAGGGAGCACUGGAACCCCAAACUGAGAGGGUUCAGGGGGCAGGACAAGAGGGGCCGCUGCCCCCCAAAAUUGCCCGGGGGUGUCGACCCCCACGGGGGCCACUCAAAGCACCAUCACUCAGAGUACACCCCACCUCACCUUGUGACAGAGAAAGAGACAGAGGUCAAGGUGCACCCACACACACAUUCACAUUCACACAAACCCUCAGAUUCUGUGAAAGACACGGAAGAGGAGGCAGAGAACUCUGUGGCGCUGGACACACACACUCAGACACAGUCCUCCUCACACCACAGACCUGAACCAUCACAAUCCCAGGAACAGCAACAGGAACAGACUCCAUCCCCCUCCACACCCAGUCUCAUAUGUUCCACCCAGACCCCUGUCUGAAAUGCAGGAGGAAAAAGAGAGAGAAAGAACAAGGGAUGAAGAAAUGAAGAAAUAUAGUCAAGCAGAUGGGAUAUAGCCCUUUGCAGUUCUUCUCAUAAGGAGAGGGGGCUGUGAUGAAUGGAGAUGGGAGAGAGGGAACGAGUGCCCUCUGUCAGACUGUAUAAGCACUGGGUUUCCACUGUCCAGAGAAAUGGAGGGAUGAUCAGUUGUUCCCACCAUCUUUCCCUUCAACUUCCAAUGAGGAGAUGAGAGAGGGAGCAGGUUGGUCAUCGGUUCAGAAAUCAAACAUCCAGGUGCUUGAACUAAAAAUGGAAUCAUUGAAAAAAGGGCUCAGACGUUGCCAUUACAAUGUUUUUCUACUGAAUCGGCUUAGUAUUGUUGAAAGUGAAUGAUCACUGUAAAAGUGGCAAUAGAUGUUUUUUAUUGCAUUAUAUAAAGUAAAAUGUUUUCUUAAAAAAGUAUCUGAAAUGUAUUUAUGCUUAGAAACCUUUAGGUAUAUUUUAGGCAAGAAUAGAUCAAGGGUGCUUCAUUCUUUUAUUUUUUGAUGGAUCACGGACACAAUAAAUGUAUAGUAAACUGA